AACGAGAUGGCUCGUGCCCACCCUGGGCCAGAGCCCAACGCCUGAGGUCCUUACCAUGGUGAUGAUCCUAAGGAAAAGCCUCAGCAACCAGGGCCCUGACUCCAUCGCACGCAAGACCUUCAACUCUGAGCUGCACACGCCAAAGAAGAUGAGUCACGGACCGACACUUUUCUCUUGUGGAAUUAUGGAAAAUGACAGAUGGCGAGACCUGGACAGGAAAUGCCCUCUUCAGAUUGACCAGCCGAGUGCCAGCAUCUGGGAAUGCCUGCCUGAGAAGUGUCAGGACGGUGCUCUGUGGCACCGGGAGGCAGCGACUGCCUGCGCGGUCACCAACCUGAUCAAAGACCUCAGCCUCAGCGACCACAAUGGGAACCCCUCCGCGCCCCCCAGCAAGCGCCAGUGCCGGUCGUUGUCCUUUUCCGAUGAAAUGUCCAGCUGCCGGACAUCAUGGAGGCCCUUGGGGUCCAAAGUCUGGACUCCGGUGGAAAAGCGACGAUGCUAUAGCGGGGGCAGCGUCCAGCGCUACUCCAGCGGCUUUGGCACCAUGCAGAGAAGCUCCAGCUUCAGCCUCCCCUCCCGGGCCAAUGUGCUCUCCUCCCCCUACGACCCGGCGGGAUUUCACCACCGGUUUGGAGGCCCGCCCUGCCAAGGGGUGCCUGGCUCGGCCACCUGUGGACAGGCAGGCGACAUUUGGAGCCCCGACCUGAAUCCCGUAGGAGGGGGCCGGCUUGACAUGCAGCGGUCGCUCUCCUGCUCGCACGAGCAGUUUUCCUUCGCGGAGUACUGUGCGCCCUCAGCCAGCAGCACCCCUGCCUCAACGCCAGAGCUGGCCAGGCGCUCCAGUGGGCUCUCCCGCAGCCGCUCCCAGCCGUGUGUCCUUAACGACAAGAAGGUCGGUGUUAAACGGCGACGCCCUGAAGAGGUGCAGGAACAGAGGCCUUCCCUAGACCUCGCCAAGAUGGCACAGAACUGUCAGACCUUCAGCAGCCUCAGCUGUCUGAGCGCAGGGAUGGAGGACUGCGGCCCCCACAGCCCCUUCACCCUCCACGUCAGCAGCACCAGGUCCUGGACGGCACUGCUGUCGGCCUCAGCCUCCGGCCCCGGGGGCCGGACCCCCGCCGGGACGCCAGUCCCUGAGCCUCUUCCCGCGUCCUUCGAUGACCCCCUGGCCUGCAAGGAGGAGCUGUGCUGUGAGGACUCGGAUGGCUGUGCCCCCGACGAGGUCUGCGGCAGGAAUGGGGAGCAGGCCAUGGCCUGGCGGGACCGCGGGGCUCCCGGGAACAGCCCUUGCUCCCUGGAUGGCGAAUUGGACAUUGAACAGAUAGAGAACAACUGAGGGGGCCUCGGCCCCUGGUCAGGGGUGGGGUGCAUUAGGAUCAACAGCUCCCUCUAGGCACUAGGUGGGCACUUGAAGGGGGGAGCCCCACUCCUGGGCCUGACAGAAGCUUCCCGGAAGGCGUCGGGUCCCAGGGAGCGAGCCCACCCCUCCCCGAGAGGCUGUCCAGGCUGCGGGGGGCCUCGGCCGCUCCCCAGCACAGCGGCCGCGGUUCCCAGAACUGCUGGAGCCGCUGCCGCUGCUCGGUUUGGGUCUGUCUCCCCGCUUCCCUCGGGGGAUGUUAGCCACGAGCAUCCAGUCACCCCGCUGGGCAGUCUCACGGCUCCGCUCUGCAUGCUCUCAGGGGGCCUGGGCUCAGGUCCAUCCAGUGGUGGCACGGCCGUUCUUGGCCUCCUGCUCAGGUUCAGUUUUGGGGAGUCGGCCCCACAGUUUCUUUCACUCAGUUUAAUUCUGUGCCUUCUCUCCCAGGUCUCCCUGCUUCAGGCUUGGGAAGGUUCAGGAGAUGCUUCCUUCUGUAGUAACACCAGAACCAUUUGGCCUUAAUUCCAAGUGUGACAGACAGAGGCCCAGGGUGUGGGGUGGCCCUCCACGUCUGAACUCGCAGAGCCCAGAGAACAACUUGGGGUAGGCCAUCUUUGUUGGGUAGACGUUUGGUGGAUCUCUUGGCUGAAAAGAUAGACCCACUUACUUCUCCCGUGCAUGGAGAGCCUGACCCCGUGGCUCUGCCACUCUGGGGGCCGCUUUGGCAGCGUUGGCAGAUGGCAGCCAUUCUCUGUGGCUGACCUGCCACUGAGUGAUGAGUUAGUUGGAUUCAGGGGAGUGGAGAGAUGUCACCAUGAAAGGGCAGAACCUCUCAGGAGGUCCU